AUGACCAACAUGAGCAGGUCACCAUUCAUGGACGAGAUCGAGCAGGCAGAGCCUCCAUGCAAAUUUAGCAUGCCACACUUCAUAUCGUUUAAAGGAGAUGGAGAUCCAGAAAGGCACUUGAAGCACUACCAAAGCACGAUAGUCCUUUAUCGGAGCAACAAUGCCCUUAUGUGCAAAAUUUUAGCAACCACUUUACAAGGCAAGGCGCAAGAUUGGUUUCACACUUUGCCACCACGAUCCAUCUGGAGUUUUGAUGAUCUUUCCUUGGUUUUCACCAAAGAAUACUCAUUCUACCGCUUGAUCAAGAAAAAUUCUAACCACUUGUUCAACAUGAAGAAUAACCCAAAUGAGUCGUUUUGCGACUACGUGAAGAGGUUCAAAGCAGAAAAGGCGAAGAUUGUCAGAUGCUACAACUCGAUAACAUGCACAGCCUUCCAAACAGAACUCCUAGCAGACCACCCAAUGUUCGAAGAAAUGAUCAUGAAAGAAGAUCUAACUCUAGCAGACUCUAUCACUCUUGCAGAUAAGCAUGCACUGGAGGAUGAGGCUCGACGAGCAGACAAGGCGCCCGAGCAGCCUCAAAAAGCGUCGGCAGUGGCUCAAAAAAAGGAAGAUGGGAAACAGUCCAGCAAAAGCAGGCAGGAAGCCAAACAUAGGGACCGACCCAUGACCAAAGAAGGCUUGAUGACCAACAAUUAG